GCUCUCCCCGCUGCAAGUCGAUUCUUCCCCCCUGCUUCCUCUCGAUCCAUUUCCGGCACCGCGGUGCCGGUGAGCACCGGCCAUGGAUGGAGAGCAAAUCUCAGCCGUCACGAUGGAGUGGAAGGUACUCAAGGAGCGCUUCUUCGCGGGAGAGCCGGUGGAUCCCGUCUUCGAGGGCAUCGUCAAAGACUUCAUCUCCUUCGACGUGACGCUCCAGGACAUCUUCAAGAAGGUGGAGGUCUUCAUGAAAGGUGUCGACAGCUUGGCAGAGGGUCUCGUGGUCUUGGCGGAGAGCACCACCACCGGGCUGGCGUCGGUGGACGACUCCCUGAUCAAGGCGGACUGUUGCAAGAUGAAGGAGGCCACCAAUGCCAUUACGCGUGCAGAUGCUCCCCAUAGCGCCAUCGCCAAGCUCAGACGCGACAUGGACUUCAACAUUAUGAAUCCAUUGAAGUGUCAUGUGGUGAACAACCGGACCAUGAAGUCCAAUCUCGAGAAGCGACGGCGUCGACUAUUGGAGUACAACAUCGCCAAGAGGGAGAUGGAUGAUUGUGUGAAAAAGAAUUUACAUCAGACGGACCGAAGGUACUUAGCUGCCCAAUCGCAAUUGGAGUCUGCCAAGUUGGCGUUCCAUGAGGUGGACAAACACAUCUUUGAAUGGUUGUACAUCCUCGAGGAAUACAAAGGAGAUAUCUUGGACAGCUGCCUCCAGACCUUGAAGUACUUGCAGUACGAGUUCUUCGCGACUUCGGCGCACUCCAUCAGCGGCGUGCUGCCCGCGCGCAUGGAGUUCCGCCCCAUGGUGGAGAUGACCCCAGAGCACUUGGAAGCACAGGUGGAAAUGGCUUUGCAGGAGGCUGAGGAGAUGGGCCCCGAGGAGACGGAGGUGGUGACCGACUUCUCUGCCCGGCUCAUCGAGAAGUUGGCCAAAGACAAUAAGAAUAAGCCGGGAGAGGGCUUGGACUCCGCCGCCAGCGAUGGUCCAGCCGUUCCAGUGGAUCCCUUGUCACUCUCGUCUUUGUUGUCACAGGGCUUCGAGGAAGGCCCCGCACGACAAGCCUUGAGAAAGUUCAAGAACGACACCCAGGCAGCCCUGGACUUCUUAAUCGGUGGCGGGCAUCCAGAGGAGGAGCAGGAGGAGACGGUGCGAAUGCCCACCACGGUCCGUCGGGUCCAGCGUCUCAAGGAACGUCGUCGAGCGCAGCAGGCGCGGCGUCGGGAAGAGGAGGAACGACGGCAGCGGGAGCGGCAAGCGGAGCACGGCUACUCGCCGAGUGCGUCGCCGUCCAAAGAGACACCGAAAGAGCCCGUGAAAGAGACCAAGCCAGCUGUGGACUUGCUGGACUUUGAAGAGAAGGCUGCGAAGAGCCCCGGAGGCCCCAGCUCCUCGGGAGAUCUAUUGGAUCUCAUGAGCAGCCCCGGCCCCGGGGGGGCGCUGCCCUCCACCGGUGCAGCACCUGUCAAGAAGGACGACCUCUUGGAUCUGGGCUUUGGAGAACCGCCGCCGCCCACAGACUUCACAAAGGAGGUGGCGACUUUACCACUUCCUGAGCAGAUCACUUUAGACCUCUCCAAGUGCGAGAAGGGCCCCAUUGGACCGUUUGGCUAGAUGGCCGAAGACGGCUGGCCCAUAGGUAAAGAAUCAAAGGCAC